UUUCAUUCGUCACGCGACAACCGUAUAGUAUAAUAUCGGUGUACGCGCGACGACGUCACCCGCGCACGUUGCCGACGCCGCCGCCGCCGCUACACUCGUGUCCCGUACAGUUUUCCGUUUGCGAUUUCGUAAUAAUUUACGAGUACACGUCCGCUUUACUAUCAUUCCUUCCGCCCGCCCGUCAGUCGUCAAGUCUCACACGCGACCGACCGACCGUGUUAACACGUUUUAUUUCGGUAUUACAAUAAUUCAUAAUAUUAUUAGGUAUACUAUUAUAGCAUAAUUGAUAAUAACGACGCGCAAUAACACCUUACACCGAGGGGUUAAAACGUUUCGUUUUGCCGCCAAGUGACACGACAUUAUACCCGUGCCGAGGUUCGUGUUCACCCAGCACUCUAGACGAUUCGUUCUUAAUGGGAUCGCAAUAGUCGUCGGACACCGUUGCUCCUGCGGGGAACCAUUAUGCCGACUCAGACCAGUGAUGUGACAUCUCUUGCUGCCGUGCGGCGUUCGUCGCGGGUAGCCCGUCUGGCGUACACGUUCUACUGCGUGUUCCAGCUUGCCAUUUUGGGAACAGUAGCAUCCAAAAUUGACGGAGGAUGGGACACGGAGCCGAAUACGCAGUAUCAUAUACAAACGGACGAGGGGCCCGAAAGGUAUUUCAAGUAUCAAACAAUUAGUGGUCAGUAUCGUAAAGAGAGGCGGCUACAAGAUGGAAGUGUGGUCGGAACGUAUGGCUGGGUAGACGCUGACGGGUAUUUGAGGCUUAACGACUAUAUAGCCGAUUCGAAGGGUUAUAGAAUAGUGAAGAACAAGAAGCUGUUCGUCGGCACUCAGACGCCCGUCGGACAGGCCGUUUCGGUGGCCAAGUACGCGCCGGCGGUGGCCGGCACGGCCGUCUCGACGUCGCCGUACCGGUCGGCCACGGCCACGGUCGUUAACCGGCCGCCGGCUGUAGUGGCGAUCACCCAACCGCCGCCCAGGGAGUCGUCGUGGCGCGGCUCGCCGUUCGUAUACCCGUCCGACACCCAAUCGUCGCCACUGCGAUUCCCCGCGGCCGGUUCGCCACCGCGUUCAGUGGCGUCGCGGUUCCGGCAACCGCAGCCGAGCAGCACGCCGUCGCCCAUCGCCGCCGCCGACGACGACGAUUACUAUUCCGUGCGGCCUGUGGACGUCAACUCGAUCGCGGCCGCCGGGGACAGCGGGGACAGCGACGAAGACGCGCGUCGACCGCCUUACCGACGUCGUUCGUCGUCGUCGUCGUCGUCGUCCACCGCGGCCACGGUAUCGGCGUCCACGGCCGCGGAACGCCAGCCGCCGCUGUACGAACAACCGUUGCGGCCGCACACGUUCCGGCCGGCGUACCGCAAGGUGGUGGACUUGUCGGCCAGGACUACGCCGGGGCCGUUGACGGAACAGGCCGAGUACGACGGCGUGUCGUUCGUCCGGAACGGCUUCAAGUACUAUCUGCCCCGGCACUACCACGAGGAACAGUCGGACGACGCGGGCGACACGCGCGCCGGCAGCUUCGGGUACGUCGACCCGUUCGGCAUCAGGAGGGUGGUCUACUACAACACGGCGCCCGGCACCGGGUUCGUGCACCGCAAGAACAACCGUUACGUGGGCCUCGACGCCGAGCCCUACGACCCGCGCCCGUCGCAGUGAUUAUCGGGCCCCGCGCGCCCGUCCCGCCCCGACUUCGACGUAGGCCCGGUCCGAUCGGCCGAUUAAUAAGUCUUCGUCGGGUUAGGUCUGCACGUGUUACGCGUGUAUAGUAUAUUAUACAGCAGAACCAUAACAAACCAUAAUCCCGCAGUCGGUCGCCGCCGGGGGACGUGCUUGCAUAAAAUAAUAUAACUGUAGGUAUGUGACCAGUGGCGUGUUUAGGCCGACGUAAACGCCCGAGUUGGGGGGGAGGGGCACAGGACCUUUAUAUCGUCACGUUAAAAAAAUAUCAAAAAAUACCGGACAUCUGUUUUUAUAUAAAUCACAUAAAGGUACGUUGAAAAUAAUUUGACUUGAAACGUGAAAAAAACUCUAAAGCGUCAAAUUCUUUUUUUUACCGUCACUGUUUAAUAGUUUGAUUUCUGUGCAUAGGAAUGCCUCUAAUUUUCAUAGAAUUUAGGGCCAAUAAGUUUCAUGACGCGCCACUGGUUGUAUCUUUCGUUGCGUCACAUGUAUAUAAUGUUAUAUAGAUGAUGACGGUUUCGUUGUUAUUAUUAUUAUGCACACCAGCCAUAAUACAAAGUUUAAGAGUCUGCUCUCCUCCGGUGCAACGAUGCUCGUAGGUACCUAAGUAGUUUUAAUGAUGAUUAGUGUUAAUGUUUUAUUAUUUUUCUCUCCUCUUGCUACUAUUAUCUUUUAUCGCCUAUAUAAUAAUAAUGAUUUAGAACAUAAUUAUAGACGUCGCACGAAGCGCGUUAUUAUAUAUAGAAGAACUCGCAAUUUAUUAGAAUAUUGUACUACACACUCGGAGACCAUAGGUGGGCGUGCGUUACGACUGGAGACUUGAUGCAGACCGCACAAUAAAGUACGUAAUAGAAUGUGCAUAAUUAUUUUCAAAACAUCGCCAUUAUAAAAAAAAAAAUAAUGUCACCUUUUUUAAUACCGUGACAAUAACCAGUAUAGGCUGAGCGUAGACUAUAAUAGGCACUAAUCAAAGUGCAGGAUAAUAAUUUAUUUUAACUAUUAUAAUAGGUAUUUCAACGCCCAGUGGUGUAUUAGUAAAACGAGAACGAGGAGAUGAAACAGAUUGACCGCCAAUACCGAUAAAUUAUUAUUUUGUCAGUUACUGCGAGCCACGAAUCGUUAUAAGGAAAUAUUUUAGUUUCAAAAAAAAAAAAAAAAAAUGAGACAGUUCUUUUUUUUAUUAUUGUUAAAAAUAUUGAUAUAAUAUCCGUGUUGUAUCUGAAUAGUUCUAAAAACACCACUGGAACGUUGCAGUACGUAUUUGUGCAUAAAAUAAUGCAAAUAUUUUCACCUAUCUAACGUAUAUACGAAAAUGAUAUUUUUUUAAGUCUCUUUUUAUAACUACGCCUCAAUCUCGUAAAUGUGUACACAGCUAGUCAAAAUGAGUAUAACUUUAAUUUUAUUUAUUAAUUUAACGGUCAAUGUAUUUUAAUAUCUGUUUUUCGAGGCCAAUAUUUAUUACUACAGAUCCGCCGCAUCGCCUGAUCAGAAUUGUCGCGUAUAAUUAUGUUUGGUACCUCCAAAUACUAGGCAUUAUCUGUCCGAGUUAAUGCGUUUAUUUUUAUCUAUAAUGAUACAUUGUCAAAACAAUUCUCGUCCGGUCUGAGCGGAUUUGAAACAAUAGAAUCACCAAUGUUGAAAUCUGUGAAUGUAAUAGGUACGAAUAUCACAGAUUGCACAACUGCGGGUGAUUAUUUUAGCCAUUGUGUACCACAGCCAAUAAAUCUAUACUCCAUUGUCUUCAAUCGGCAACUGUUUGCCAUAGUAAAUUACACUUAUUACACUUAUUAUAUAGUAUUAUUUUAGAAAUUCUUGUAAAAAUGUGCCACGCAAGCGUGCUCAAUGUUGAGCAAAUAUUAAUUUAUUUUAUACGUUUAAUUAAAUAAUUAUUGAAUUAUACUAAUGUGUUACUAAUAUACGUACAAAUCGGCAUUUGUGAUUUUUUUUUCUUUUAUAUACAAUAUACAUAAUAUAUAAAAUGUAAAAAUAAUUAAUGAUGACAAUAA